UCAACAGCAGUAGUCUUCCUUCCCAUUGUUCCAUCAAUAGCCAUGCUUUCAGCCGAGUCUCUCAUGAUCAUGGGCGGCCUUCUCCUCACCUUGCACCUACACACUCUCCCAUGCCAUGCUGCCAUGGACACCAUCUCACCUGGCCAAGAGCUUGCCAGCGGCGACAAGCUCAUGUCCACCAACGGCAGGUUCGCGCUCGGUUUCUUCCAAACCGAGCGUAAUUCCUCCAACAACGUUCCAAAAUGGUACCUUGGAAUUUGGUUCCAUACGAUCCCCAAAUUCACUCCCGUGUGGGUUGCCAAUCGCGAAAACCCAAUCGCCAACCUCACAUCGUGCAAGCUCUUGCUUAGUUCCCAUGAUGGCAACCUUGUCAUCCUAGCCAACGACCACCAGGCCCUCGGAUCCAUGAUUUGGACCAGCAAAGCCAACACCACAACCAACAACACCAUAGCUGCUCUCCUGGACAAUGGAAACCUUGUCCUACGCAGCGCUUCCAAUGAAUCCAUUGUUUUCUGGCAAAGCUUCGACCACCCAACCGAUACCCUUCUUCAAGGUGGAAAGUUCGGCUGGAACAAUUCCACCGGCUUGAUCCGCCGUCUCGUCUCCAGCAAGAACACAAUUGACCAAGCUCCCGGCAUGUACUAUUUCGAGUUGUUUGGUCACAAUGGCUAUACUUCCGUGGUUUCUACAUUCAACUCGUCCAAAACAUACUGGUCCAGUGGGGAUUGGGAUGGCCGACACUUCAGCAACAUGCCAGAGACGGUAGGGCAGACCUGGCUCUCGGUUAAUUUCACUAGCACCGAGCAAGAGAAGUACGUCGUGUACACAAUUGAAGAUCCAACAGUGUUGUCACGCAGCAUAAUGGAUGUCUCCGGGCAACUGAAGGUGCUCGUGUGGUUUGAGGGAUCGCGAGAUUGGCAGGCCAUCUUCACGGCACCAAAAUCUCAGUGCGAUGUCUAUGCUUCCUGUGGCCCUUUCACAGUCUGCAACGAUGUACCAUUCCCCUCCUGCACCUGCAUGAAGGGCUACUCCAUACAAUCGCCUCAAGAUUGGGAGCUUGACGAUCGAACAGGUGGAUGCGCAAGGAAUACUCCACUGUCCUGUGAAGGCAACACUAGUGCAGCCGGCAUGGCAGAUAAGUUCUACCCUAUGUCUUCUGUGCAACUUCCUGCUGAUGCCCAAAAUGUUGGGACAGCUACAAGUGCAGGAGAAUGCUCACUUGCUUGCCUGGGAAGCUGCUCCUGCACUGCAUAUUCCUACGAUCAAGGUGGUUGCUCCAUUUGGCAUGAUAAGCUGCUCAAUGUACGGCAACAAGGUAACAGUGUUCUUCUCCUUCGCCUCGCUGCAAAAGAAUUACAAAGUAGUAAAGGUAGUAAUAGAAUGGGAGUGAUCAUUGGUGCUGCUGUUGGUGCAAGUACUGCUACUUUGGUUUUAAUCUUUCUACUGAUUAUUUGGAUGAGAAAAGGGGGGCGGUAUGGUGACGAUGUCCAGGGUGGUAUGGGGUUAAUUGCAUUUCGAUAUGUCGAUUUACAGAAUGCAACCAAGAAUUUUUCAGACAAGUUGGGGGCCGGUAGUUUCGGUUCAGUAUUCAAGGGGUCGUUGAAUGACUCAACUAACAUAGCUGUGAAAAGGCUGGACGGAGCCCGCCAAGGAGAGAAGCAAUUCAGGGCUGAGGUGAGCUCAAUUGGGGUCAUUCAGCAUGUCAACUUAGUUAAACUGAUUGGCUUUUGCUGUCAAGGUGAUAGGAGGUUACUUGUGUAUGAACACAUGCCCAAUGGCUCCCUGGAUGCCCAUCUCUUCCAGGGUAAUGGCACAGUAUUGGAUUGGACUACCAGGUACCAAAUAGCAGUCGGAGUUGCUAGAGGACUAGCCUAUUUGCAUGCGAGUUGUCGGGACUGUAUUAUACAUUGUGAUAUCAAACCAGAGAACAUACUUCUUGAUGGGUCUUUCACUCCGAAAGUUGCUGAUUUUGGAAUGGCUAAGUUUUUGGGAAGGGAUUUCAGUCAUGUUGUGACUACAAUGAGAGGAACCAUAGGGUACCUUGCUCCGGAGUGGAUUAGCGGUACAGCUAUCACAUCUAAAGUCGAUGUUUACAGCUAUGGGAUGGUUUUGUUAGAGAUCAUAUCAGGCAGCAGGAACUCAACUAAGCAAUCUACCCUUGAUAGCGUCGUCCAUCAAGCAUAUUUCCCGGUGCAAGUUGCACGCAGUCUUCUCGAUGGAGACAUUGCUAGUCUGGUGGAUGCGAACUUGUUGGGUGAAGCAAACCUGGAGGAGGUUGAAAGACUUUGCAAAGUCGCAUGUUGGUGUAUUCAGGAUGUUGAGCUUGAUCGACCUACAAUGAGUGAGGUGGUGCAGUCUCUUGAGUGUCUGUGCGAAGUUGAGACACCUCCUGUGCCAAGAUUGCUUCAAGCUAUGGCAGGUCAGCAGCCAAAUUCGAAGAUAGUAUGAUGUCUAGUUUUGGUUCUUGUUUAGUCUCCAUUUAUUUUUUGUUUGGGUCAUUCAAUUUGUAAUUCAAAUUUGAUACUAAUUAAGUCUAUUUUGAUUAUCUAAA